GCCUUCCACCUCCGUCUCUUCUCUCUCUCCGUUAACUCACAGCUCACAUUCUCUCUCUCUCUCUCUCUCUCGCACUACAUUACAUAUUUCCAUACACACAUGCUCUCUGUCUCUUUCUCUAUCUACAAAUCAGCAACUCUCUCUGUUUCCCUUUCUUUAAUUUUUCCUUUUUUGCUCUCCAUUUAUAUCCUUCUCUCUUCGCUUGUCUGCUACGGAACUCCUUCAAUGCUAUAACACACUCCACAAUACCUCUCUUCUCAGGAAGCUGUUAGCUUUUGACUGUGUCUUGGGGGUUACAUCUGAAGGGAAGAUCUCGAAUCACAGCAAAGCUGGCGGCUACAGUGGGUUGGAGGUAUGCUGCCAGUAAUGGCAGCAGCCUUCCCUCUGCUGAUCUGGAAAGAAAUGGAGAUGGUAAGCCUCAUGAUUUGGAGCCGCCAACUCCUCAUUCUCUCAUGAAAAUGGGUUCAAGAGACCGUAGUAGCAUGGAGGAUCCAGAUGGGACACUCGCAAGUGUCGCUCAAUGCAUUGAGCAAUUGCGUCAAAAUUCCUCUUCCAUGCAGGAAAAGGAAAAUUCCUUGAAGCAAUUGUUGGUGCUUAUUGAUACACGAGAAAAUGCCUUCAGUGCUGUUGGGUCACAUUCUCAGGCAGUUCCAGUGCUUGUGUCUCUACUUCGAUCGGGAUCACUUGGGGUAAAGAUUCAGGCUGCUACAGUUUUGGGCUCUCUGUGCAAGGAAAAUGAGUUAAGAGUAAAAGUAUUACUGGGAGGCUGUAUUCCACCAUUGCUUGGCCUUCUCAAAUCAAGUUCAGCAGAAGGUCAGAUUUCAGCAGCAAAAACCAUAUAUGCUGUAUCUCAAGGUGGUGUCAAGGACCAUGUAGGCUCAAAGAUUUUUUCAACUGAAGGAGUUGUUCCAGUUCUGUGGGAGCAAUUACAGAAGGGUCUCAAAGCUGGGAACAUAGUUGAUGACUUAAUAACAGGAGCCUUGAAAAACCUUGCUACCAGCACUGAGGGAUUCUGGUCUGCAACAAUUCAAGCUGGAGGACUAGAUAUACUUGUUAAAUUGUUAGCUACUGGACAGUCAAGUACUCAAGCAAAUGUGUGUUUUCUCCUUGCAUGUAUGAUGAUGGAGGAUUCAUCUGUUUGCUCUAAAGUUUUGGCUUCGGAGGCUACAAAACAACUUCUUAAACUAAUUGGACCUGGUAAUGAGGAUUCUGUCAGAGCAGAAGCAGCGGGUGCUCUCAAAUCUCUUUCUGCCCAGUGCAAAGAGGCCAGAAGAGAGAUUGCAAGUUCAAAUGGUAUACCUGCUUUAAUAAAUGCUACAAUAGCCCCUUCAAAAGAAUUCAUGCAGGGAGAGUAUGCUCAGGCUUUGCAGGAGAAUGCAAUGUGUGCUCUUGCAAAUAUUUCAGGUGGCUUAUCAUUUGUCAUAUCAAGUCUUGGCCAAAGUCUUGACUCGUGCACCUCACCUGCACAGGUUGCUGACACAUUAGGGGCUUUAGCUUCUGCUCUCAUGAUAUAUGAUAUCAAAGCGGAAAAUUCAAGAGCCUCAGAUCCUUUGGAGGUGGAGCAGACACUGCUUAAGCAAUUUAAACCUCGCUUGCCGUUUCUGGUGCAAGAGCGUACAAUAGAAGCUCUUGCUAGUUUGUAUGGAAAUGCUGUACUCUCUAGCAGACUUGCAAACUCUGAUGCAAAACGCUUGUUGGUUGGUCUGAUCACAAUGGCAACUAAUGAAGUUCAGGAUGAAUUAAUAAGGUCCCUUCUAGUUCUUUGCAAAAAUGAGGGCAGUUUAUGGCAUGCACUUGAAGGUCGUGAAGGUAUUCAACUAUUGAUUUCACUUCUUGGGCUCUCUUCAGAGCAGCAACAGGAAUGUGCUGUUGCUUUGCUUUGCCUCCUUUCUAAUGAAAACGAUGAAAGUAAAUGGGCAAUCACAGCGGCUGGAGGAAUACCUCCACUUGUUCAGAUUCUAGAGACUGGAUCUGCCAAAGCUAAGGAGGAUUCUGCAACCAUUCUUGGAAACCUCUGUAACCACAGUGAGGAUAUACGUGCAUGUGUUGAGAGUGCUGAUGCUGUUCCUGCUUUACUUUGGCUUCUGAAGAAUGGUAGCUCCAAUGGUAAAGAAAUUGCUGCAAAGACAUUGCAUCAUUUGAUUCACAAAUCAGAUACCGCAACUAUAAGCCAACUCACUGCACUAUUAACCAGUGAUCUUCCUGAGUCUAAAGUUUAUGUCUUAGAUGCAUUAAAAAGUUUGCUUUCUGUGGCCCCUCUCAAUGAAAUUUUACGUGAAGGCAGUGCAGCAAACGAUGCAAUUGAGACAAUGAUAAAGAUCUUAAACUCUACCAAGGAAGAGACUCAGGCCAAGUCAGCAUCAGCUCUCGCUGGAAUCUUUGGUCUCAGGAAGGACUUGCGGGAAAGUAGUCUUGCAAUCAGGACUCUUUCUCCAGUUAUGAAGCUUCUAAAUGUUGAAUCUGAAAACAUCUUAGCAGAAGCAUCCCACUGCCUUGCUGCAAUAUUUCUCUCAAUUAGGGAGAACCGUGAGGUGGCUUCAGUUGCUAGAGAUGCAUUUCCAUCAUUGUUGGCACUUGCUAACUAUUCAGCUUUACAAGUUGUAGAGCAAGCUACAUGUGCUUUGGCCAAUCUUCUUUUGGAUUGUGAAGUUUUGGAGAAAGUUGUUCCUGAAGAAAUUAUCUUGCCUGCCACUAGAGUUCUGUGUGAAGGUACAACUGAUGGUCAGACACAUGCUGCUGCAGCAAUUGCUCGACUUCUCCAAUCUCGUCAGGUUGAUUCUGCCUUAACUGACUGUGCUAAUCGUGCUGGGACUGUUCUUGCUUUGGUUUCUUUUCUAGAAUCCACUAGCAGUGGAUCUAAUGCUAUGUCAGAAGCAUUAGGUGCACUUUGUUAUCUUUCAAGGUUGGAAGGGGAUAGUCAGCAUAUUAAACCUGCAUGGGCAGUUCUUGCAGAAUACCCAAACAACAUUACACCAGUAGUUUCAUGCAUAUCUGAUGCUGCCCCCCUUUUGCAAGACAAAGCUAUAGAAAUAUUAGCAUGUCUCUGUCAAGCUCAGCCAACUGUUCUAGGAGACAAAAUUGCUUGUGCUUCGAGAUGCAUUUCUUCAAUUGCAAAAAGAGUGAUCGAUUCUACAAAUGCAAGGGCCAAAACUGGAGGAACUGCUCUCCUUGUUUGCACGGCAAAAGUGAACCAUCAAAGGGUGGUUGAAGAUUUAAAUGAAUCACGUUCUCGUGUUCUACUCAUUCAAACUCUUGUUGGAAUGCUGAGCUCUUUGGAGUCUUCUCAGCUGACAGAUCAGGGUAACAAGGUUGCAAUUAACAUAUCUAGGAGUGCUGGAGACGAGUCAGUGAAGGAGAGAACUACUUCAGUUAUAUAUGGUACCAACAUUGCUAUAUGGCUUCUUUCUGCUCUUGCUAGUCAUGAUGACAAAAAUAAAACUGAGAUCGUGGAAACUGGUGCAAUUGAAGUUCUUACGGAUAAAAUCUCUGAAGCUCUAUCCCAAUUCACUCAGAUUGAUUUUAACGAGGAUGGCAGCAUAUGGGUUUGUGCUUUGCUACUGGCAAUCUUAUUUCAAGAUAGGGACAUCACUCGAGCACAUGCCACAAUGAAGGCGGUACCAGUGCUUGCCAAUUUGCUGAGGUCAGAGGAGUCGGCAAACAGAUACUUUGCUGCACAGGCCAUAGCCAGUCUUGUUUGUAAUGGUAGCAGGGGAACUCUUCUCUCUGUUGCAAAUUCAGGGGCAGCAGCAGGGCUCAUAUCCUUGCUUGGUUGUGCUGAUGAUGACAUGCGGGACCUUAUUGAGCUGUCAGAGGAGUUCACUUUGUUACGCAAUCCAGAUCAAGUUGCUCUUGAGAGAUUGUUUAGGGUGGAUGAUAUUAGGACCGGGGCAACCUCUAGGAAAGCUAUACCAGCUCUUGUUGAUUUGCUGAAACCAAUUCCAGAUCGUCCAGGUGCACCUUUUCUUGCUCUGGGGCUUAUGAUGCAGCUGGCCAGAGAUUGCCCCUCCAAUAAGAUUGUUAUGGUUGAAUCAGGAGCUCUUGAAGCAUUGACUAAAUAUCUCUCUCUUGGCCCACAAGAUGCAACAGAAGAAGCUGCCACUGAUUUAUUAGGUCUCCUAUUUAGUACUCCUGAAAUUCGGAGACAUGAAUCUUCAUAUGGAGCUGUUGGCCAACUUAUAGCAGUAUUACGCUUGGGUGGAAGAGGGGCAAGGUAUAGUGCUGCCAAAGCCUUGGAAAACUUGUUCUCAGCAGAUCAUAUAAGAAAUGCUGAAUCUGCUAGACAGGCUGUUCAACCUUUGGUAGAGAUUAUAGAUACUGGUCUUGAGAAGGAGCAACAUGCUGCCAUUGCAGCCUUGGUUCGAUUGCUCAGUGAAAACCCAUCGCGAGCUUUCACAGUUUCGGAUGUUGAGCUGAAUGCAGUUGAUGUUAUGUGCAAAAUUCUUUCGUCAAAUUGUUCGAUGGAGCUGAAGGGUGAUGCUGCUGAAUUAUGUUCUGUUCUUUUUGGAAAUACAAGAAUAAGAUCUACAGUUGCUGCAGCUCGCUGUGUGGAACCUUUGGUUUCUCUUCUGGUUAUGGAAUUUAGUCCUGCUCAUCAUUCAGUUGUUCGUGCAUUAGAUAAACUAGUAGAUGAUGAGCAACUUGCAGAACUGGUUGCUGCACACGGGGCUGUCAUCCCCCUUGUGGGCCUUCUCUAUGGUCGGAAUUAUUUGCUUCAUGAGGCAAUUUCUAGGGCACUUGUGAAGUUGGGGAAAGAUAGGCCUUCUUGUAAGAUGGAAAUGGUAAAAGCUGGGGUUAUUGAGUGCGUACUUGAUAUUCUCCAUGAAGCACCAGAUUUCCUCUGUGCUGCAUUUGCUGAAUUGUUAAGGAUACUGACCAAUAAUGCUAACAUUGCUAAGGGACCAUCUGCGGCUAAAGUGGUUGAGCCUCUUUUUUCAUUGCUGACAAGACCAGAAUUUGGACCUGAUGGGCAACAUAGUGCUCUGCAGGUCCUCGUAAACAUCUUGGAACAUCCACAGUGUCGUGCUGAUUACAACUUGAAAUCUCAGCAAGCAGUUGAACCUCUAAUUCCUUUACUCGAUUCUCCUGCUUCAGCUGUGCAGCAAUUGGCAGCUGAGCUUCUCUCGCACCUGCUUUCGGAGGAGCAUCUUCAGAAGGAUCCUGUAACACAGCAAGUAAUUGGCCCUUUAGUACGAGUGGUUGGUUCUGGUAUACCUAUUUUGCAGCAGAGAGCCGUGAAGGCUCUUGUUUGUCUCUCAGUAACUUGGCCAAAUGAAAUAGCAAAAGAAGGUGGUGUUGCCGAAAUUUCUAAAGUGCUACUAUAUGCUGAUCCUUCGGUUCCUCACUCCUUGUGGGAGUCAGCUGCUUCUGUCCUAUCCAGUAUUUUGCAAUUUAGCUCCGAGUUUUAUCUGGAAGUGCCUGUCGCUGUUUUAGUGAGAUUGCUCCGUUCUGGCUCAGAAACCACAGUACUUGGUGCAUUGAAUGCUCUACUCGUGUUGGAAAGUGAUGACUCUACCAGUGCUCAGGCAAUGGCUGAAAGUGGGGCAAUUGAGGCUCUUUUGGAACUUCUCAGAUGCCAUCUUUGCGAAGAGACCGCUGCAAGACUGCUCGAGGUAUUGCUGAACAAUGUGAAGAUCAGAGAUACAAAAGCUACCAAGUCGGCGAUUGUGCCAUUGUCACAGUACCUCUUGGACCCACAAACCCAAGGCCAACAAGCCAGGUUAUUGGCGACUCUUGCACUCGGUGAUUUGUUCCAAAACGAGGCCCUUGCUCGAACAGCAGACGCUGUUUCCGCCUGCCGAGCCUUGGUUAAUCUGCUCGAGGAUCAGCCUACCGAAGAGAUGAAAGUUGUGGCAAUAUGUGCCUUACAGAAUCUUGUUAUGUAUAGCCGAGCAAAUAAGAGGGCAGUUGCAGAGGCUGGUGGUGUGCAGGUUCUGCUCGAUUUGAUCGGUUCAAGUGAUCCCGACACAUCAAUACAAGCAGCCAUGUUUGUUAAGCUUCUCUUUUCCAACAAUACCAUUCAAGAGUAUGCUUCAAGCGAGACUGUCAGAGCUAUUACUGCUGCAAUUGAGAAAGACUUGUGGGCAUCCGGAACUGUAAAUGAAGAGUAUCUGAAGGCUCUGAAUGCACUUUUUGGGAAUUUCCCCCGUCUAAGAGCUACAGAGCCUGCAACAUUGAGCAUUCCACAUUUGGUCACUUCCCUCAAGACAGGUUCAGAGGCAACUCAAGAAGCUGCUUUGGAUGCACUGUUUUAUCUCACACAGCUUUGGUCAGCAUGCCCACCCGAAGUAUCUCGAGCACAAUCAAUUGCUGCUGCUGAUGCUAUUCCGCUGUUGCAAUACUUGAUACAAUCGGGUCCUCCUAGGUUUCAGGAGAAGGCAGAGUUCCUGCUGCAAUGCUUGCCAGGGACAUUGGCAGUGAUAAUUAAGCGUGGCAACAACAUGAGACAGUCUGUCGGAAAUCCUAGUGUGUAUUGCAAGCUUACCCUUGGAAAUACUCAACCUCGGCAAACCAAGAUUGUAUCAACUGGCCCUAAUCCCGAGUGGGAUGAGAGUUUUACGUGGUCCUUUGAAAGUCCUCCAAAGGGCCAAAAGCUUCACAUUUCAUGCAAGAACAAGAGCAAAAUGGGCAAGAGUUCAUUUGGGAAGGUAACUAUCCAAAUCGAUCGUGUAGUAAUGCUGGGUUCAGUUGCAGGGGAGUACACUUUGUUGCCUGAAAGCAAAAGUGGACCUUCAAGGAAUUUGGAGAUAGAAUUUCAGUGGUCUAACAAAUCAGAACAAUAGAGGAGAAAUAUAUGAUUGGGGGGGUUUUCAUUUACCUUUUUCUUGCAUUUCUUUUUGGGUUUAUUUAUAUAUUAAAAUUGUAUAUAGCUUAUGGCAGAGGUUUUACAGUUGUUCUGCUUAGUUUUCUUUCAGUCUUGAAACCGGCUAGUAGUCAGUCAGUGUAUUCUUUUGCUGAGUCUGUUGUACCUGUGUGCAUAUGUAUUAAUUGCUUAUAUUCCUUUGCAUUCAUAUUUGGUUGAUUGUCAAAUUUGAGUUUUACCAGAAUAAACUUCCUGGUUUGGACAUUCCCAUGAUGUUUAUGCCACAUUUUCCUAUAUUA